AUGCCCAGCUUAUUGGGCCGCGACAGCAAAAAAAGGGAGCUGAUUACAAACUUGUCACGGGCCUACGAAAUGAUUGCGCGUGAACAUCACAUCUCUUUGGGUGACUUCCCAAAACUGGAACGUAUGCAGGAAACGCUUGCAUUGCAGGACUUCAAGACAUUUAGUGUGCUGCAGCCAAAGUUGAUCAAGUCGGUUGACGAUAUGCUAGCGAAUGAUAUAGCCAAGCUGAUGCAGAUGAUCUCACAAGUGCGAAAUUUAUAA